AUGCCAGAGCUUAUUGAUGGAAUUGCUGUCGACCUCAAUGAGCCUGCAGGGCUGAAUCGUCGACGUCGGCUACAUGAUGCAGACGACAUUCGCACUAUUUGCCCGGGCCUGAUCGAGAUAAGACUCGAGGAGGUUCAUCGGCCAUCCAGGGACCGGCGAUACAACAAUGUCCGAGCGACACCAAUUGUUCGCCUGGCUCACUUCUCUGUUCAGGAGUACCUGGAAUCUGAUCGGAUUACGAAGCAAAAGGCAGCGACUUUUGCAUUGCAGAGUGGUCCUGCCAACGCAGAGAUUGCACAGAUUUACCUGGUGUACCUCUUGGAGCCCGGACUGUCGCUGAAUUUGGCGGAUACCACGAGGUUUCCCUUAUCUCUUUUAGCUGCUCAGUGUUGGUGCGACCACUACAGAAACGCUGGAAAUACGAUGUCCUCCUUGAACGGCCUGAUAUUGCGCUUGUUUCGCCAACCAGACACUCUCCGCACCUGGAUGAGGUUGAAUAAGGCAAACGGAGUACGUCCCAUGUCGAUCUGGGAUGAUGAGUUUGUGCAUGAGCCACUGUCCCCAGCUCUACCAAUUCUCUAUGCCUCGUUUUUCGGGCUUGAUGGAGUUCUACUAGAGCUACUGGCUCUUGAAGAGACGACUAAAGACAGGCGAGAUCUGAUAAAUAGCUUGAUUGGACCCCGGCCGCUUUUUGCCUUGGGUGUGGCAGCAGAGAAUGGUCAUGAAAAGCUGGUGCGGUUGCUCCUCGAUGCAGGCGCGGAUGUAAGUGCUGGACGCCACAGGGCAUUGAGGAUAGCAUCAGAAAAGGGCCACAAGAGCGUGGUCAGAAUGCUCCUCGAUAUUGACCCGCCUAGAGGAGGGCUAGAUGAUGCACUCCGAGGAGCAAUAGGCAUGACUCGAAAUGGGGUGCACAAAGACAUUACGAAGAUGCUCCUAGAGGCUGGGGCAGAUCCGAAUGGCUGGGUGGAUGGGUUUGAGACUCUGCUAGGGCGGGCGUCAGAACUAGGCGACAACGAAGCGGUUCAAAUACUGCUCAACGCUGGGGCAGAUGCCAAUGCCGUUGGACGCGACGGUGAUGAGUCUGCGCUAUGGGUUGCGGUGCGAGCGGGCCAUGAGGAUGUGGUCAAGUCGCUCUUGAGUGCUGGCGCAGAAGUCAAUGCUGUAUCUUGUGACGGUACUGCAUUACACGAAGCAGCGGAGAGUGGUCGCUCUACGGAAGUACUACAGAUACUGUUGAGCGCUGGAGCAGAUGUCAAUGCCGUGAGCCUCGGCCGUGGUACCCCUCUACAGGUGGCAUCAAGAGCCGGCCAUGGGGAGGUGGUUAAGGUCCUGUUGGCUGCUCGCGCAGAAGUCAAUGCUGUAUCUUGUGACAGUACUGCAUUACACGAAGCCGCAAGGAGUGGCUCCACGGAAGUGGUAGAGAUACUGUUGAAAGCUGGAGCAGAAAUCAAUGCCGUGAGCCGCGUACUUGGUACUCCUCUCCAGAGGGCAUCGAGACUCGGCCGUUGGGAGGUGGUGGAGGUCCUGUUGAAUGCUGGCGCUAUUGACAAAUGGGGGAAAGCUCGACAAGCCCUCGAAAGGAGAAUCCCGAUCUCGAUCAUGCUGGGGUUGUCAUUCGAGAAUUUGAGAAGGAAGAACGUGCACGGUGUGUAA